AUUUUUGAUGAUCCUUAUUUUUGCUUCUUUUUUUUAUUUUUUAUUUUUUAUUUUAUUUUUUUAUUUUUUUGCUUUUUGCAUCGGAAGAGGGGAGACCACUGGUUCCUAGAGCGAGGCGACAAAAGGAAGGACGACGACGACGCGAAUCACCUCGUACAUCCUGUGACCACUGGGGCAGCACACUGCAAAGUGCCCGUACUCGCAGCACGCCCUGCAGGUUCUUCCCUCUGCUGGGCAAGUGUUCCCGCCAGGGGCGUAGUCAGACCUCCACAGUAGGGACAGCUCGAUACAACCCCCCCCCCCCUCCCACGCCGCUGAUACUGGGUACGCCUACACACUACUCAUCCUUGUGCAAACAGCGAGCCUUCACUUGCGCCGGCAGUGUUGCGGAGACAAGCUCUACAUGGAGAUGUGAUUGCCGAACAGCCAUAUUCCUACCACAACAUGGUCCUUGACGAACUUAUCGGCAACAGUGUCGCUGCAAGGGUGGUGAGACGUCCGCUCAAUAACAUGUACACCAAGCGAGCAAGGAUCAUCGAAGCUUUCGUCAUCUUCCUGGUGUGUGUCACUGCUUCACUCGGCUCUGAUUUCCAAGCAGCGGUUCGUGAAGAAGCGUCCAAUAUGCUCGGCGAAUCUCCCUUCUUCACCUGCAAGCAACCUCAAGGUACCUCUCGUAAACCGAUCUGUUCUUGCGACCCAUCUUGCAAUCGCUACGGUGACUGUUGCAUCGACAUUGCUAAAGAUGUACCACGUGAACGUUAUGUCUGUGCGGAGCUACCAGGUCAUGGACGGUACGUUUGGGUGAAGGCAUCGUGUACAGUAGGACGGGUUUCACGGAGGGCGAAAAAGAUGUGCGAGGAACAACCUACAGGCGAUUUCCCUAAGUCCUCCUACCAGUUCACAAUCGACAUUCCUUCCUUUCACAAGCCGUCAAGGGUCCUAUAUCGAAAUAUUCAUUGUGUUGAGUGUAACGGGGGGCGCUAUGAGGAGACGUACGGGUGGGCCGGUAACUUUGAUUGGCUCGGACUGUCGCCACGAAACGUAAGUGCCAGUAGCCAACUGGAAAAGUUUAUGUAUAACGCCAAACGACGCGUUUAUUGGAUGAAGCACGCGGGUAUUAUCUAUAACGCUACGUUUCAAAGUGCUGUAUUUGGGUGGAAGAAUUUUACUCAGGUGUUCAACACGACGGAGUGCUCUCCCGCUGUGGUGGAUACAUGCCCCAAAGAAAGCCACCGUGUGCUCGCUCAGAAGUGUGCACUGUACGCUGCCUAUUAUACCCCAAACAAUACGGUACGAGUGACUUACAAGAACUACCAUUGCGCCCUCUGUAAUGGAGUGUCCCUCGCAACGGUUGAGGAAGACGGCGAGCGAGCGAGAUAUAUCCACGCGUUGGUUACUCCUUCUCUUGGAAAACCCGCUUCAGACAUCUCCUCGUCCCAGCUCGACCCACGGACACAUCACACGGGGUGUGGUCAAGGUCAAAUAAGGCUGCCAGGACUGAACACUUGUCGAGUUUUCGGCUGCAGACGAGGAACUGUGAAAGGCAUCGACGGUUGUCGACGAACUGACGGUACCCAUAGCUGCCCCUGGCUCCUGUUUGAAGGACACGAAGUUACCAUCCUCCCGAAUCGCACCCUGUAUUUCAACUUCAAAUUGGAAGCUGUGAGUUCCGAUGACUACGAAAUAGACAGCUGGACGAGGGAUAUCCUCGUGUGUAUCCGAUAUAUUGUACCUGUGCUGCCUGAUCAAACAAAAUUUACACCGAAUACCCUGUCAACGGAACCAACACUUAGUCCUAACGACGGCACCCAUCGGAUCACUGCAUCUCCAGUGAUAGUUUGUGUAGCGCUGACCCUCGUCAUCUUCGAGCUCCUCGUACGGCUUAUAUGUGCUUUUGUUAGGCGCUAUAUCUGGGACGUACCCAUAUAAUGUAACGGUUGUUCCUGUACAAACACAAUGUAUAUUGAAUGCCUGCUCACCGGAAGCAAGACUUAGUCCAAGCUGCGACGAUGUAACAGAACACGAACUCAACGCGAACGGAGGAGCGGACAGUGACCGUAGACAAUUUAUGGCCAACCGUUUCGGGACGAUCCCCCCCGCUCGCUCCUCACUGUAACGCCGUGUAUUGUACCUACGUGUAUCGAGUUUCAGUUCUCUCCCUCUUUGUACAGUCUUUGCUCUUUGUAAAUAAAGACAGUUCUAACCCAGACCCCAACUGGUAAAGACGCUUCUGUGCUUCGCGCCAAUUAACGAGGCUGCGAGUUUUGCAACAGACGACCCGCGGUUCAGGGUGUGUCUAGUUUCUCUUUCAGCGUCGUGGUCGUCGUCAUCUCAGCAUUUCGUUUGGCAGAGCAGCGGAGAUGAACGGCAUUUAUUUGCUUCUCUGCACGUGGAACUAUCGCCCCGGCCACGACCUACUAGACGACCACGUCAUAAUCGGCAACCCCUAUGAGGAGCUCGUCCGCAGGAUCCGCUAGGGUCGCUACUCACCGGCCCGCGACAUCUGCAUCAUGAUUGGACAAUGGAAAUUUCAAUUUUGAAAUUUGAAUUUUUGAAAGGAGCAUCUCCGGUGGGACAUUCACAGCUUGUGCAAAAAUACUAAGGUAAGCUGAAAUACGAAGUAUUGCAGAAAUUGUGUAGGCUGAUGACUGGGCCGACGAGUAGCCCCCCUCCUAGUUUCUAAAUGCAGCGCAAAGAAGGCGUGCCUAUGACGUGGUCGUUAUAAUCUAGGUCGUGGCCCUGGCGUAUCUGGUAUGCAUUAACGGUCUCGUUACAACGGCUUGUGAGGAUAAACAAUGAUAAUGAAUUAUUCUUAUUUGAUUACCUGUAUCCUAUUUAGCUUUAUUAGCUAUUACUUGCCUUGUACAAGAGAUUCUAUUUGGGUGCAAAGGAUGAAUGAGAGAUCUGUGACUUCUAACGGCGUCUUGUUUACUACAAGAUGAAAUUAUGGCACAAAAGUUGAGCAAUAUUGAAGGUGUGUUUGAAUGUAAAGCUUAAUGUACUGUAAUGGAGGGAAACGUAAUGUGUAUUACCUGUAACUUAUUUUGUUCUUCAUAGGUGUCACGGACACCUAUGUCACUUCAGACGCCUCCUGCUCAACAUAGGCAAACCUAAAUAGUCCAAAAAGUCUGGGAUAGUAAUAAUUCUGUAAGUUCAUCCUCUCAAGCACGGGAUGCGACGUAGAAUCUCCUUCGUAUCGUGCUCUUGAACUGUUAGUCCAACUGGCUAUUGAAUGCGGUCAGUACAGUUCUUGACAGCAAAUGGCAAGAAUUGUAAUGUAGUUUUAUUUCAACUGUAACAUGGGUUGAAAGCCUCUGUGUACGGCUGUCUAAGUUGUUGGUUAGGUUACGGCUCAUAUGCACGCUCGAACUUAUGAUUUGUCUUCUG